AUGAGUGCCCCUAAAUGGCUUUCCUUUCUUUCACAUACAAUAUUGAUAGGACUUAUAUUAAAAUCAAUAAAUAAAUCCUUUAUAUUUGGAAUAUUUUUGUCAGGGAUAGGAUUGUUAUAUCUAAUAAUUUCGGAAAGAAAGACAACCGUUCAAAGACCUAAACCAAAAUUGUUAAAUAUACAACCUGGUAAACCUCAUAAGAUUGAUAUUUCAUCCCUCAAUGAACCACUUUUCCCUCAAUCUAAAAGAAUUUCAGAAGAACUCGAUCAAAUAGUGAAAUUAGUAACAAACGAUUUUAUUCUAUCUUGGUUUCAAAGGAUAGAUAAUAAUUUAGAGUCUGAAUUCCCAGAUAACAUCAGAUUAAUCCUGCGAAACAUAAUCCUUAAACUGCAAAACAAUUUUAUGCAUAAUGAUAUGACGUCAAUAGUUGCAUUUAAAUUAAUCCCAUUGAUUACAAAACAUAUAAAUGCCUAUUGUUCAGCGAGAGCCACCGUUUUGUCCUCCAAUCGAAAUCGUUCCAGCAACAGUGAUAACUUUAAUUUACGAACAGCAAUUGAAUUCAACAACAUAUACAGGUUACAUAAAGCUAUUUCAUUAAAGCCUGAUCAUUUAGAUACGGAUAUUGAAUCUUAUAUGGAAAAUAAAGCUGAGAAACUUACUAAGGUACUAUUAAAUAAAAAAGAAUUGCGUUCCAAUAUAGUGAUCAUUUUAUGCAGAGAAAUUCUGUCCAAAAAUAUAUUGUUGCCUUUAAUUGUCAAAUUCUAUGACCCUGAUAAAUUGAAUUGCCUAAUUAUAUCGAUCUCCAAGAAAAUUAUCAAUGAAAGAAACCAAAUCCAAGAGGUUAAAUCCAUUCUAACGAGAGAAUUGCAGGAUAAAAAUACCAACAAUCAAAAUUUUACCAAUAUGAAGGAUCUCUUAGGGUUUAACUUUACCCUAAGAGAUGACAUAACAACAGAAGAAUUUGAGAGUUAUCUUCGAGGUUUAAGUGGCAUUGUAUCUAUCUCAGAUUUAAAAACAGGCAAAUUCUUAUUGACGACUACCCUUCUAAAAGUAGAUGAAAAUAAGAGUCUCAACAACAAAAAGAAAAAUGCAUACAAAAACAAAAUAUCUCUAUCCUUAGGGCUGAUUGAGAACAGAUUGAGAACAUUGAGUCAGAAUUCUAUUGAGAUGAACCGUAUGAAAAACAAAUCCCAACAGGAGAUUACCCCAAGUAAUGACGUUUUGAACAAAGAUAAUGUUGUUCUGGGAUUUGAAAAUAUUAUUCAAAAGAUAACGUUUGAAUCUAUUAUAAAUGAUGAAUUGUGCCUGUCAUAUUUUGAGGAAUUCCUUAAAAUAGCUUACAAUACACGUGGACUUGUAUUACUCAAUUAUUGGAAAUCAGUGGAAUCGUAUAAAAACCCAUUAGAGGAUGCUGGACGAGAGGAUAUCCUGCUCGAAGUAUCUCAACUUGAUAUCAAUAAUAUUAAACUGAUUGCUAAAGAAUAUCUUGAAGGCGAACAAUUAGACUCUCUCAAAUCUCUUGAUGAGGGUCUAGUCUCAAAUAUUAACCUGUUUACAAUGAAUGACCUAGACGUAUUGGGUAAAAAUGGAUAUUUGCUAGCGAGGAAGAGUAUGUUACUACUUCAAUCUGCUGCCGAAAAUAUAUUGGAAAAUGAGUAUCUGAAGAAUUUCAAGAAAUCAUCUAUCUUUUUGAAAAUGAUUUCAUCACCUGAAUUUAUUAAUACCGAUACAUACUCUAAAUAUUUUGUACCCAAAAUAGAGAACAACGCAAAACAUUCUAUUGUGCCUGUUAAUAAGAAAAUAGCGGCCAGUGCUGUCGAUGUUUUAUCUGAUUCUGGUUUAAAUGAUGCCAUUGAAGACAUUAUCCGAAGUGAAGAUAUUACAACUAUACAACACGAAACUUCGAACAAAAAUAACAAUAGUAUACUAAAUUCUUCAUUGAAUAGAAGAGACGGAUUAGAUUCUGAUAUGAAUAUGCAGGAUAUGAUGUUUAAGGACGAUUUAUUCUCUUUCAAUACAAGUCCUGCAAAAGGAUCACAAACCCUCCCAAAAUCUAACGAGAUGAAUGAUGGUCAGUCGAACAUCGAUGACGCAGAACAUGAAAAUAAUUCUAAUAGUAGAAAUAAAAUAAUUUACUCUGAACCGUCUGAUUUAAAAUCAAAAAUUGGAGAUUUAACAUUGGAAACAAAUCAAUUACAACAAGAACUUGAUUUACUAAAUCAUUUAAUUCUGAAGGCUAAAUUGACUAAUAAUAAGAGUCAAUUGAAUAUUCUGAUUUCUUCACAAAAGGCGCUCACUAAAGAGAAAAAGAUCAAAGAAUUGCUCAAACAACAAUACAUGGUUGAAGAAAAUACUACAAGCUUGUAUCAAAAAACAAGAGUUGCUAUCAGGUCAUAUAUAUUGGAUUAUGAGAUGUCAAAUCUGAAGGAGGUUGCCUACUAUAUCAUUAAUGUGGUUCAUUCCAACGGGGAAACCGCAACAUCGUGGGAAAUCCCAAGAAGAUAUACCGAGUUUACUAAGUUGAACUCAUAUUUAAAGAAGAAAUACAAACCAGCAAUGAAAAAUAUAAUAAAAAAAGAAAUAUUUCCUACAAAAAUGGCAAUGUCCUUGAAAUAUCAAAUGUCCCAAACUUUAUUAUUUGAAAAAAGACGUAAACAGUUUCAAUUAUAUUUAACAGAAUUAUUACAACUCCAAGAAAUCUGCCGAGAUAAUCUUUUUCGUAAAUUCUUAACAACUACCAAACCUUUCUCUGUAAGUAAUGACACAGACACACCAAGUACACAUCCCCGAAAAAUAAUGAACUCGAAUAGUCUCGAGAUCGCAACUAAAUCUAAUAAUAACAAUGGCAGUGAAGAUACGGGGGAAAAUAUUGGCCAUGGAUCAGAAUGUUCAUCUUCCUCAAAUUCUCUAUCUCCGACACCCAAGGUUGAAUCGGUAUCAAUAAUAAAUAACAAUGAUUUGAACGACCUACAGGAGGAUAAAUUAACAAUGAGCACUCUAUCUGAGCAAAAUUCAUCCCAUAAUUAUAUUCUGCAAGAUACAUCAACUUUAAAUAAAAUGUCGUUUAUCAAACCUAUUUGCGAUCUAUUUAUUGCUAUAUUUUCAUCUUAUCCUUCAGAAAAUAUUAAUUCGGGUACUGGUAGAGAUUAUUGGCUGAGGGGUGGCGCUAUUAUAAUGCUUUUGCAACAGUUAUUUGGUAGCACCAUUGAAAAAUACAUUAGAGAUACUAUCGCAAAAGUUUCUUCAGAGCCUAAAUUAUAUGAUAUAUUAUUCCAAUCUAGAAUUAGACUAUGGGGUGUGGGUGGAUAUUUUGAGAUAAGACAAAAGACCAAGUUGAAUCCACCUCCAGUUCGAAGUGAAGUAGAAAAGAAAAGAGCAUACAAUGAUUCCCAACUGUUGUUUCAAGCGUUGUUAGUAGAACUUUCCGGUAAAGUCGUCGGGUUACAUCAUGCAAGAGAAGCUGCUGCUAAGAUACAUGACAUAGUACAAAAUCCCUAUAUGAAUGCAUCAAUUCUUCUUGAAAUUUUCGAUUUAUUGCUGGACGAUAUCGUAUUUGAAGAGAAUCCUCUAAAAAUAUAG